UUUGCGGUUGCAGCUAUGGCUUACGGGCUAACAAACUGAUCCUUUUAAUUAAUAAAGAGGGUUUACAACUGACAAAAAACGAACAGCCUCGACAAGUCAUGAUUUAUACGUUGUUUUUCGUUAUUCUGAGGGAAAUUUAAAACUGUAAUUCUGUUCGUCUGUUAUAUAGCUAGCGUCAUGAAAACAACUGUCAACAGUGCCGAUUGUCACUGUGUUACUGAUGCUGCUGUUAUUCGUCAUUUUUCGCCUUUGUGAAAACGACACAAAAAGAAGAAAACGUGAUUUUAACCCGUGAGACGUUUGGAAGCAUGUUCAGAAACGAUUAUCAGGGUGGACCCAUUGUUGAUAUCUUCAGUGCUCAAGGAAAGGAUCCUGUUGCUAAAUGGAAACUAUUUGGCAGGAAACCUUCAAUAACCAAAUUGUUUGACAAAGAAGUAAAGGGUUUUGUAUACAGUCUUGAUGGGAGCAGUCAAACACACAAGAUGCAGUUACCAAAAGAUGGCAAGAUGGCACUUGGAUUGAUUCAAAGGUUCCUUAUUCUACAGGUCAAUGUUCCGUUGGGAAAAGACUUCUCUACUGAAUUUCUAGUGACAGAUGAAGAACAUCUCAAGAGAAGACUCUACUUGUCUACUGUACACAGAGAACUCUCAACGACCCCUCUGCAUGCGAGAAUACCUCUAACCUGCCUGAGACACAAUAUUUGGUGUAAUCUGUGUAUUGAUCUGGACUCGCUCUCCGCUGAGAUAUUCAGAGGGACGCGCUUCCUGUCUUUGGAUGGGAUCGUCAUCUCCGCCUGCUGUAAGCUUCGCCGCAUCUUCACGAUGAAAAAUGAACCUGAGGACUCCAUGGAUAGAGAAGAGAUUCCCAGAAGUUGCCAGUUUCCCGGUGAAGUCCAGCAUAUUAUCCAACUGGUGAACAUGAAAACAUUGGGACAUAUUGAUCUGAAACCUGCAUACAUAGAUUCCGAGGAGACAGGCGCUGUCAAGGCAACCAUAACACGGGGUCCAACACCCCGGGACUCCUCCCAUAUUGCGUUCGGGUCAAAGGUCAUUGGACCUCCUCCGCUCACUGCGAGGAAGAGCAACACACCUGCAAACAAGAAAGCAGACGGAUCGAAGUCUGAACUGAGCCUCAACAUAUCAGCAGAUAAAUGCACAAAUGAAAAUAUACAACCCCGACCACCACAGGAAAAGCUAUCAGCCGAGAGAACAAGCUCCAGCAGAGCACAGCGAAUUCCCAAUGUAGGGAGAGAAAAAUUUAAAAAAGAUAAAGAAGAUGGCAAAAUUAGCUUAAACCAAGAGGGACUUGAGCUUCAAGGAAAACUUACAGGAUCCACACUUCAAACCCUGCGCUUAGAUUCAACAGCGGAGGCUAAAUUAACUGAUCCGGAUCUGCGGGACAGUGUUUCUACUACGGAUACAACUGGGUCAGUUCUCCAGUUUCCGUGUGCUUCUCCACUUCCUGCGUGUGCACUGAGUACAGAUGAUGCUGACCUUUGUGACACAGAAACUGAGCUUUCUCUCACCGAUGAGGAAUAUGAAGAGGAAGUCUUCACUUUCUCCUCAUGCCCUCACUCAGCUAGACGGAAUCAGGCUAGCAGCAACCCUGUUGAGGAUCUGAUCUUUGGCCUUAAAGGUCACCAGCCGGUGUCAGGAGGAGAACGCAAAGAUGCGCGCCUUGAGGAUGAUUUUGUCGGCAGUGAGAGUGAGGAGGAUGAAAUGCAUAUCGAGUUCCUCAUCCGUAGACAUGCAGUCCAUUCUGUUACUGCUCCAUCAUCACCUCCCAUACAAAAGCACACAUUCCUACCCAAGUUUUUGCCUGAGCCGGUUACGACCUCAACACGACGUGUCUCUGAGGGCCCUAGAAGAACUGAAGCUGUGCGUAUAGCACCAACCCGUUGCCUCUCACCCAGCACCUCUAGAUACACGAACAGACCGGACCACUCCAGAGCUGGUAGAACAUUGCCUGAUGGAGACACGAGUAUAUCUAUUAAGAGAGCAUCUGUUCGUGAGAUUUCAGUUGAGAAUUCUGGGCUUCAAAUGGUGAGCGUCGAUCAGAGGGUUCGACCUUUGGGCUCCAGCAGGUGUGAUCUGAGAAGAAGUGAAAAGAGCGAAGAGGAGGAGGAGGAAGAUGAGCUGCGAAUGUUGGCCACUUUGAAGAGAGAACAGGAGGAGGAGCAAAACAGCGACAGGGGCGGUCCAGGUCUUACUGCAUCACAGGUUCAUCACUGUAACAUCAGUCUGAGUGCCAGCAGUGAUGACACCUCAACCUGGACUCAGUGUAUUCCGCUGCCAGUUGAACAGGGUCAACACUACCAGAAAGAAAUGACGCCUCUUCUUCACUCCAAUCCAAGAGAAUGGAUGGAUGUCAUUAGCCCUCCGAUUGUUCAUCCAAAUCAGCAGAUGGCAGGUGGCAAAGGAGACCACAGCAAGGUGUCAACAAGAGGGUCUAAGUUACACAACAACAAUGGAGAGGAAGAGUUUCUCAAUUUGAUUGUUCUUGAAGAGUUAGCCAUCGCCUUACCGUCAUCAGGACACAGCGAAUCUAGACAAUCGCGAUCUUCAGAGAAGCCAUCAACCGAUCAACAGGCAGUAAGACUUCAUCCUGGAGUGAUAGCAUCUGUUGUAUUCGUUGUAGUAGCUGCAGUCGUCGCUGCUGUCUUUAUCGUUAGGAGAUACUGCUGUACGCAGAGUGAUGCAACAUAUCGGUACUCAGAGCUGCGUCAUCAAGAAGAGCAAAAUGCAGCCACUGCCGCAGAGGAGGAUAGUGACUCAGAUGAGGAUCUUUUGGAAUGAAUCAGCACACAAUGUAUUCCUCAAGUUUCUCUUUCCUUUAAACUGUGACACUUUAGGGCCAUAAGCAGCAUAUGGGAUCAGGCCAUUUACAAACCAAAGGAGCUAAUGAAAUAUUUAUCAUUGUUCCACCAUUUUUCAGUUAAAUUUAGCUGGUUUAAUGGGGCAGAAGUCUUAAGUUUCUCACCAUUUACACAUUUAGAGAACAUAGGAAGCAAAUUUUAAAAUAAGCAUUUGUAAACAAAUAUGGUUCUGUGUGUUGUUUUGAAGGAUUUUUUGAGUCACUGUAUAUAUACGAUUUUCCUUCUUGAUUCCAAUAUUUAAAUAUUUUCCUUGAAUUUAUGGUUUAUAUGUGAAAAACCUUUUAAGAAGUACAUUAUAUAGGUUAUAAAGUAAAUAUUUGUUUGCAGAAAAUAUAAAGUUACUUGGAUGUAGUUUUUAUACACUCCUUGCAGAAGGAAGUCUGCAAUUUCUUCUAUGCAAGAUACUUCGUACCAAAGUCUUUAAGCCUUUUGAAAUGUUCUUCCUAUUUAUUUAUUGUGCGUGCGUGAGUGCGUGCGUGUGUGCGCGUGUGUGUGUGUGUGUGCGUGUGUGUAUGUGUGUGUGUGCGUUGGCACAUCUUUGCCUGCUGACCUUGUAGGAACAUCUCAGGGUUGUCCCACUGGAUAUUGUAUUAAGUGCCACUGAGACCAGAAGCACAAUCUGAAUAUUCCUUUGGUGCAGACUAGUCCGACCAACUAUACCCUGUACCAUCUGUUUAGGUUGCAUACAACUUGUGUCUUACUGAAAUACGUUACUGAACUCUGUAGCGUAUGUAAUAAUCUGUUAAAGUGAGAAAGGUCAGUCGGCGUAUAAUUCUCAAUUUUAAACCUGGUGUUCACCAUUGGCUGUGUUUGACAGUGAUGACAAAGCAACCUUACACGAGAGCCUUUCGUGUGUUUCUAUUGAACUCAUAAGUAUUUUUAAUGUCAACUGAAAUCUAUCUUGCUAUUUUCGUAUUGAGUAACAAAGGAUGUGCAUGUGAACGUUGAAUAAAAUGUUUGUUUUAAUGAGCAGAAAUAAAAGAGUAUGUGUUUAUA